AUGCGAGUGCGACGCACGGAUCUUAAUAACAGUCGCUAUGCUGAUUCUAUCAGCCUUGGAGAAUAAAAUGAGCAUUACUAGGCUGUGCGGAAAGAGACUUGGACCAAACACAGUGACAAAGCAGAGCCCUACAGUACUAAAAAUCUGUGGUUACAGAUGAGGACAACUUAGAAACAUGUCUUUGAAAAGCACGGCGAAAACUACAACUGGUUCUUUCUUGCACGUCCCACUACAUUUGCUGUCAUUGACAAUUCAGUGUACCUGUUGUUUACUAGGGCUUUAUCACAACCUUUCUAUCUGGGCCACACUAUACAUGGCAACCUCCCAUACGUGACUGUGGAAAGAGAAAUUGUCAAGUAUAGAGUCUGAAAGACAGCCUUCUCUGCCAAGUCUGAGAAGUGUGUAUAUCGAAGUGUGGUUUGGAAGUUAUCUGAAGACUUUCAGCCGGCAAUUGGCCUCAAACAAGCUGGAGUUCUAGCAGAAAAUGCAGAGGAGUCUGAAGGAAGAGUUGUAUUUAAUUCAAAACCAUUUGCACAUCUUAUUCAAGAGACAAUGUAUAAUAAUCCUCAGCAAGUAGUAGAAGGCUGCUGUUCAGGUAUGGCUAUUACUUUUAAUGGACCAGCUCCCAGAAAGAUGAUAGUAAUGGUUGCACUGGUUCAGGGCAUUCAUUAUUUCAACAGUACACUGGUUUUCUUACCUCCAAAUGGUUCAGAAAAUGACUGA